AAAGGCCAUAACGGAUUUCUCCUCCUGUUCCCUCCUAUUCUCACUCUCUCUCCCCGCCUUUUCCUCUCUCUCUCUCCCUCACUCCUUUUCCUUCAUUAACUUUCCGUGGUUGAGCCUUCCUUUCACGUCACUUUAGCUGCUGCACCACUAACCCACCUUCACUCAACGGCGCCACCAAAUUCGAACCCUAGACUGUACUGCGCCGCUGCUUACCACUUGAUCACGGCUUCCAUUUUUCAUCGUCUCUUCUUUCGGCGAGAAGUGCAAAAAAUGGCUGUGGAAAUUGUGAAUGGCCCUACCCAUUUUGAAUUGAAUACAGGUGCUAAGAUUCCAGCAGUUGGUCUUGGUACCUGGAAAGCUUCUCCUGGCGAAGUUGGCCAAGCUGUCAUUCAUGCUGUUAAGGCUGGUUAUAGACAUAUCGACUGUGCUGCUGUCUAUGAUAAUGAGCAAGAGGUAGGGGAGGCACUUAAGGAGUUAUUUGACAGUGGAAUAGUGAAACGCGAGGAGUUGUGGGUCACAUCAAAGCUCUGGUGCAGUGAUCAGGCUCCAGAAGAUGUCUCCAAGGCCUUGAGCAAGACUCUUAAAGACCUGCACCUUGACUACAUUGAUCUGUAUCUUAUUCAUUGGCCAAUACGCACAAAACCAGGGUCACAGGGUUUUAGCCCUGAAAACAUUGUUCCUUUAUGCCUUCCUGAAACAUGGGCUGCAAUGGAGGGCUUGUAUGCUUCUGGCCAGGCACGUGCUAUUGGAGUGAGCAACUUCUCAACCAAGAAGUUGGAAGAUUUGCUUGCGUAUGCCAAGGUUCCUCCUGCUGUGAACCAAGUCGAGUGCCACCCUGUCUGGCAGCAACCAGCCCUUCACAAUCUGUGCAAAUCUACUGGUGUUCACCUUACUGCGUACUGUCCGUUGGGAUCUCCAGGUACCUGGAUAAAGGGAAAUGUUUUAAAAGAACCAGUAUUGAUUGAAAUUGCUGAAAAGCUCAACAAAACACCGGCACAAGUAGCUCUUCGUUGGGGAAUUCAGAGUGGUCAUAGUGUCCUUCCCAAGAGUGUAACUGAGUCAAGGAUCAGAGAGAAUUUCAGUAUCUUUGACUGGUCUAUUCCACCAGAGCUCUUCUCCAAGUUCUCUACUAUCAACCAGCGGAGGCUUCUGCGUGGGGAUUUUGCAAUUCAUGAAACUACACCUUACAAAAGUGUGGAGGAGCUAUGGGAUGGUGAAAUAUGAAUAUGAUGAUCAUACAUUUCAAAGGAUUUUAUUGUUUCUACUUCUUUCCAAGUGAUGUACUGUUUUGAUUUUGAAAUUUUAUCCAUGGUAAUGUGGUACUUUAGUUAGUUUUGCAAAAUUAUCUUCUCUCACAAUAAGUAGAUAUCUCAGGUUUAUCAUAGAUGCUUUUGUACACGUUUUUUAGUUGAAGUUUAGGGUUGUUAAGACUUUAGACCAUGCAUAUUUAGUGAGGUUAAAAUUUGGAAAAAGGUGUGUAUGCAGGUCAUCUUAUAUGGUUACCAUUGAUUUUUAUA